GGGUCAUGGAAAAUAAAAAAGAAAACUCAAGAAACAAUAGAUCGGAGUCAGAUUACGAUCCACAUAUGCAUCGGAAUAGGCCACAUCCUACGAACAAUACAGAGACACUUAUUCAUUUAUUGAAAGGCAGUCUGGGUACUGGAAUUCUAGCGAUGCCAAAUGCCUUUGGCAAUAGCGGAUUGAUCAUGGGAACAAUUUCUACAAUUGUGAUUGGUAUACUUUGUACGUAUUGUCUUCAUGUCCUUGUUAAGGCCCAGUACAAGCUGUGUAAACGUCUGCAAAUUCCUAUUCUCAGCUAUCCACAGAGUAUGAAAAUGGGCCUUGAGCAAGGCCCACCGUGUCUUAGACGAUUUGCUAAUUGUUCAGCAAUUAUUGUGGAUGGAUUUUUGAUAACGUAUCAAUUAGGAAUUUGCUGUGUAUAUAUCGUUUUCAUUUCAUCAAAUUUAAAGCAGGUAGCAGACCAAUAUGCAGAACCUCUAGAUAUUAAACUUCACAUGUUAAUCCUCCUAAUACCACUAAUUUUAAUCAACUAUAUUCGUAAUUUAAAACUGCUGACGCCAUUUUCGAGCAUUGCAAACGUGAUAACAUUCUUGGGAUUAGGAAUGAUUUUAGCUUAUAUUUUUGAAGAUUUACCUUCGCUCAACGAAAGAGAAAUGUUUGGUUCAGCACGAAAUUUUCCUCUUUACUUCGGAACCACAUUAUUUGCAUUGGAAGCUGUUGGUGUUAUUAUAGCAUUAGAAAAUAACAUGAAAACGCCACAAAACUUUGGAGGUACUUGCGGCGUUCUUAACGUGGGGAUGAUUGUUAUAGUUACGAUGUACAUCAUUGUCGGUUUCUUUGGAUACAUAAAAUAUGGAGCUGACGCUGCCGGGAGUAUCACCCUAAAUUUACCUACAGAUGCUGUGAUGGCUCAAACUAUCAAAGUAUUGUUUGCUAUCGCAAUUUUAAUCUCGUACGCGCUGCAAGCCUAUGUACCUGUUGAAAUUCUUUGGUCUACUUACUUGGAUUAUCGUAUCGAAAAGAACAAACUUUUCUGGGAAUAUAUUUGUAGAACUAUUCUCACUCUUAUAACUUUUGUUCUGGCGAUAGCCGUGCCUCGACUUGGUUUAUUCAUUUCUCUCUUCGGUGCUUUCUGUUUGUCUGCUUUGGGAAUUGCAUUUCCUGGAAUUAUUGACAUCUGUGUCCUUUGGCCCGAUAAUUUCGGCCCCUACAAAUAUAUACUAAUCAAAGAUAUUGGACUUAUUAUAUUUGGCUGCACUGGUCUUAUCGUCGGCACUUAUGUCAGUUUGUUUGAUAUUAUUGAAUCAUUCAAGUGAAAGUAAAUUUGACAAUUUUAGAAAUUCGCCUCAAAACUUAGCUCUCAUUUGCAACAACGAUAAAAAAAUUAAAUAUAGAACAAUUAUUUCUUAUGUAGAUAAUUUAGGACGAAAUAAAUGUUGCUGUUUUUUAAGAUUUAUUCGAAGUAAAAAGAGCCUACGGUUGCAUAUAAUUUAUCGCAGGUAUAAUUUUUACAAAAACGUUUUCAGUAUUAUAUUAUUUA